AUGCCUCUCUACCAACCUUCCGAUGUGAACCGACAUGUCCUGUCCCAGUUCUCCCUUAAAGGCAAAGUGGCCGCCGUGACCGGGGGAGCCCGGGGAAUCGGGCUGGAGGUGGUGCGUGGGCUCGCCGAAGCCGGGGUCGACGUGGCCCUGAUUUACAGUUCCAACGCCGAGGCCCAGGAGUCGGCUGCCCAAAUCGCCGCCGACAACAAUGUCCGUGUCCAGGCCUAUCAGUCCGACGUCACCACCCGCAGCACCAUUGCCGCUACCCUCAACCAGAUUGCAGAGGACUUCGGCCACUUGGAUGUGGUCGUCGCCAACGCGGGGGUGUGUACCAAUCGCCCCAACCUGGAGUACACCGAGGAGGACUGGCAUCAGGACAAUUCGGUCAACUAUGAUGGCGUGAUGUGGACAGCUCAGGCCGCCGGUCGUAUCUUCAAAAAGCAGGGUCGGGGCAACCUGAUCGUGACCGCCUCGGUCAGCGCGACCCUGGUCAACAUCCCUCAGACACAAGUGGCGUACAAUGCCUCUAAGGCGGCAGCCGUGCAUCUAGCGAAAAGUUUAGCCGUGGAGUGGGCCGACUUUGCCCGUGUAAACUGCAUUUCGCCGGGCUUCAUCAUGACCAAGAUGCUCACGCAACAACCCCCGGAGCUGUUCGAGAAAUGGCUCUCGAUGAUCCCGGGCCGAAGAAUCUGUGAGCCAGCUGAGCUCGAAGCGGCGUAUGUAUCCCUGGCGAGUGAUGCUUGCUGCUAUAUGACGGGAGCCGAUAUGAUCAUUGAUGGUGGAUACACUCUGCCAUGA